AAAGUAAACAAGACGUUGGGGAGAAGAAGAGAAUCCGUGCAACGCGAUAUAAUCCUAAUCCUUCUUCUCCUCCUCCGCUCCACUCUCCUUCCUUCCUUCCAUUUUGAUGGCGAUCCACGUCCAGCUUGCGGAGGCCGCGCUGCGGAACCGGCUCGGCCUCGGAGUCGUCGCCGCCCUCGUAGCCGCUGGAAUCGGCCUCCUUAGCGUCGGCCCGAGCUUCUCCGCCGUCGCAGCCUUCUUCUGGCCGCUCCUCCUCUCCACCGGCUUCCUCCUCGUCGCCGUCGCCGUCAUCCUCCGCAUUUCUCCGCCACCCCCGUCGGAUCAGGGCCCCUCGGGGGAGGACCUCAUCGACUACGUCUCCGGACGCGGCGGCGCUCAGAUCGGGUACGGAGACGCGGACGACGACGGUGGGGAGCAGCGGCGGGAGAACUCCUGAGGGCGACGCGAGCCGCAAAGGGGGAAACGGCCGAUCCCGGAGGUUGCGGUGCUGCGCAGGAACUGGUUAGUGAGGAGUAGUUCCGCUUACGUGGAGGGAUACGAUUGGGUCAAUAGAAUAAUAAGGAGGCAUUUUGGAUGCAGUAAUCCACCACAUCUCCACCUGAUGACCUAACCCUACUACUACCACCGCCAUCACUCCACAACACUGCCACCAACCUCCAUGCCAUGGACCUCCACCUCUGCCUCUGCCCCAACACCAGAAGGGAAGCCAUUUGCCUCCUCGCCGCCUCCACGAUCGCCGGUCCGGCCUCCCGCCCUUCCACUACCAACACCUCCACUUGGAUCUAUUGAUGCACAAGCAAGCAGAAGCCAUUUACUAGAAUGAUAUCGAUGCAUCGACAAACAAAGAAUUCUAUUCCAGUACCUCUGGUCUUCUCGAAUGGCAUAUGCUUUGCAAGGCAUAGAGAAGCUGGUACCUUGAGUUCCUCUCCUUGUGAUGGUCACACUGAUCACCUUCAGAGGAAGAUUUAUUGCAUUUUUUUUUUUAAAUUCUGAAUGUUUUAUAACUUUUCAAAAAAUUAUAAAAAUUAACUAUUUAAAUAA